AUGGACGAUCGGCAUCGCCUGUUUCCAGCUCCCAGCGACGGCGGCCGGGGCGGAGGCGCGCGCGGGUCUUCUGUACACGUGUGUGCUCUCCGUCGCCGUGUCGGCGCAGGUCGAAGUGGCCAAGAGCAGCCUGGGCCGGCCGCUGCUUCGCAAGGUCGUUGGCUACCGCUUCGAGAGCGCGGCCGCCUUCUGGACAGCGCGGCCGCCUUCUGGACGGCGCAGAUGGCGGUCGACGUGAUGAUGGAGAGCAUGCGUGUCUCCGUCUUCGCCCUCUGCGUCUACUUCCUCUCCGGCCUGCACCGCAGCGCUCCCGCCUUCCUGUUCUUCCUGGCCGUGCUGCUGCUGCUGUACCUGUGCAAUGUGCUGAUGAACCGCGCCAUUGGCUGCAUGUGCAGCACCUUUGACCGUGCCCUGCGAGUCGCCGGCUUCGUCUUCACCUUCUACAUGAUCAGCGCUGGCUUCAUCGUGUCACCCGCGGCGCAGCCGGCGUGGCUGCGCUGGACGCACUAUCUGAACCCACUGGCGCUCGCAUACCCGGCCUUGGUCAUCAAUGAAUUCCAGUACGUUGCCAUCGAUUGCCAACCCAGCAUCCUAUGCUUCCCUCCGACGCAUUCACGACGCGCGGACUCGCCGCGUAGCAGCGUGACGUGCAAUCGUGCCGCCGUCGACACCCACACCCACACCGCCGUCGUCGCGGGGCCGACGUAUUUGCAGCUGCACUUCGACCACCACAUCCACGACAAGCGGCGCACAGUCCUCAUACUCGUGGCUUUGGGGCUCAUGUUCUUCGGUGCCAACCUGGUGCUUGCCGAGACGUUUGUCCAUCGGCGGCAGUCUUCACCGAACACGAACAACAGUGGCAGCAUGUUACAUGUAGUUGUGCAAGAAGACGGCAUUGGCAAACGUCAUCGAGCCGCACCGCCAGCCGCAGCCACAGCCACAGCCACAGCCACAGCCACAGCCACAGCAGCAGAAUGGACGCAGGAGACUCGUCGUUCGUGUCGUGUUGUCUUUUGCGAACUCGGCUACCAUGUUCCCGCCACUUGCAGUCAUCGUCAUCAUGCGGUAGAACCAUGGAAAUGGAAAUGGAACCGGAAACAUAUGCCGAAACGACGGAUGCCGAAGCGGAUUCUCGACCACGUGACUGGUGUCCUGGAAUCAGGCCAGUUGCUGGCCAUGAUGGGAGCGUCCGGCGCAGGCAAGACGACGCUGCUCAAUCUCCUCAGCGGUCGCGACAGCACGGGACUUGGACGUGGGCACGUCACCGCAUCAUGCUCGGCGUCCGGGCAGGCACCGUCGGUAGGCUAUGCGGAGCAGAUGGACAUUCAUGAACCGGCGUCCACAGUGCGGGAAGCUAUGCUGUUUUCCGCGCGCCUCCGACAGCCCAAGCAUGUACCGGACGCGGAGAAAAGGGCGUGGGUGGACCGCGUGCUUUCCAUGUUGGAGCUGGAAGGCCGUGCCGAUGCUGUGAUCGGUGCGGCGGGAUCGGGCUGGGGGCUGUGUCCCAGUGACCGCAAGCGGGUGACCAUCGCCGUGGAAGUGGCCGCCAGACCAGACAUCCUGUUCCUCGACGAACCCACCACGGGGCUGGGCAGUGAGGGUGCACAAACGAUCGCGCGCCUGCUUCGAAGACUCGCCGACAGUGGCCAGGCCAUAGCCUGCAGCAUACAUCAACCCAGCACGAGUACACUCGCCCACUUCGAUCGGCUCUUGUUCUUGCACCAGGGCGCGGUCGUCUACUUCGGGCCCUUGGGACCGGGACUUUGUCAUCCCGUGGAAUACGUUGCACGGCACACCUCCUCCGCCUGUCCUGCAGACCAGGCGCCCAUUGAGUGGAUGACCCAGCAGGUCAUCGAUCGCUCUCCAGGCAGCCAUGAGACGUGGGCCGAUGCAUGGGCCAGCGCCGAAGAGGCCAAGCUGCUUCGCAUCAGCCUGGAGCCCGCCGUGUCAUCGUCGGCAACAGUCUCGGGAGCAAAAUCGGUGAGAGGGCAGCUUCCGUGUCAAGCAUCCAUCUGGUGCCAGAUCUUCCAACUCACUCUUCGAAACAGUAGAGCCUUGUGGCGAACACCGGACUAUGCCACUGCUCGCUUCUUCAACCAUGUCGCCAUCGCCGUCAUCGUGAGGGCGGUCCUCCCUCAUGCCGGCCAUUCGCUACGUGACAUGACGCACAGGAUUCUGGCUCUCUGGCAGGUCACCAUGCUCCCCGCCUUCAUCCUCACCGGUGUGGAAUAUCGCUUCCAUGCUCUCCGACGCCUCGCUCGUAGGGAGGGCGCCACAGCCACCUACACCAAUACCGCGCUUGCAGUCUCGGUAAUGUUGUCGGAGUUGCCGUACUGUGUCCUGUGCACGGCAGGCUUUGCGCUUCCGCUCUUCUCCCUCGUUGGUCCAGUUCUCGGCACGCGAAUCGUGUACUUUGUUCUUGGCGUAUUCCUGGUGCAGAUAUUCUGCGUUACCUUUGCGCAGGCCAUCGCCACCCUCACACCACAUGAACGCUUUGCGACGCUGCUCAACACGCCAACUAUCACUGUCUUUGCCCUUUUCUGCGGCAUCUCCGUUCCUCGUGGCCAACUGCCCGUCUGGCUGCGCGACUGGCUGUACUAUCUCAACCCGUACACUUGGCUUAUGAAUGGGCUUGUCACGAAUGCGAUGCACGAAUUCGAGGUCAAGUGCACUCAAAACGAGCUCAUCGAUUUCACUGUUCCCCUUGGCCAGACAUGUCAGCAAGUCAUGUCUCUACCUCUCACCCUGCAGGAUCCAGGUUACAUAGCCGGCAACACCUCGCAAGUCUGCCACUAUUGUCCACUGAGCACGGGAGAUCAGUACUACGAAUCUCUUGGGCUCAGUUAUGGCCAGAGAUGGAAGUAUAUGGGUAUUUUCUCCGCCUUCUGUAUGAGCAACAUAGGCUUGAUACUCAUCACGCAACUGUUUCGACGUCAAGGACAGUAG